AGCCGGUGGAGGGCGCGGGAGCGCGCGCCGGGGCGCUAGCGAGGCCGGGAGGAUGGCGCGGGCCUCGCGGGUGCAGCCGGCGCUCUGGGCGCUGCUGUUGCUACAGGCAGUGGGCCCCGCCGUGGCGGCCAAGCUCAACAUUCCCAAAGUGCUGCUGCCCUUCACGCGGGCCACGCGCGUGAACUUCACUUUGGAAGCUUCUGAGGGCUGCUACCGCUGGUCAUCCACCCGGCCAGAAGUAGCCAGCAUAGAGCCAUUGGGCCCCAAUGAAAAGCAGUGCUCCCAGAAGGCAGUGGUGCAGGCCCGCUUGACCCAGCCAGCCCGCCUGACCAGCAUCAUCUUCGCAGAGGACAUCACCACAGGUCAGGUGCUGCGCUGUGACGCCAUUGUUGAUCUCAUCCAUGGCAUUCAGAUCGUCUCUACUACCCGUGAGCUCUAUCUUGAAGACUCUCCACUGGAGCUGAAGAUCCAGGCUCUGGACUCAGAAGGGAAUACCUUUAGCACCCUGGCAGGGCUGGUCUUUGAUUGGACAAUUGUGAAGGAUACAGAGGCCAACGGAUUCUCAGACUCCCACAAUGCCCUACGAAUUCUCACCUUCUUGGAAUCUACAUAUAUCCCGCCUUCCUACAUCUCAGAGAUGGAGAAGGCAGCCAAGCAGGGCGAUACCAUCCUAGUGUCUGGGAUGAAGACUGGAAGCUCCAAGCUCAAGGCUCGCAUUCAGGAGGCUGUCUACAAGAAUGUUCGCCCUGCGGAGGUAAGGCUGCUGAUCUUGGAGAAUAUCCUUCUGAAUCCAGCCUAUGAUGUCUACCUGCUGGUGGGGACGUCCAUUCGCUACAAGGUUCAGAAGAUCAGGCAAGGGAAAAUUACAGAACUCUCAAUGCCUUCUGAUCAGUAUGAGCUGCAGCUUCAGAACAGCAUCCCAGAUCCUCAAGGAGACCCUAACCGGCCUGUGGCGGUCCUGACACAGGAAACAUCGAGGGUCACUGCCAUGCAGAUGGGACAGAGCAACCUGGUCCUGGGCCACAGGAGUAUCCGCAUGCAAGGAGCUUCCAGGCUGCCCAACAGCACCAUCUAUGUGGUUGAAGCCGGGUACCUAGGGUUCACAGUCCACCCUGGUGACAGAUGGGUGCUUGAGACUGGGCGUCUAUAUGCAAUCACCAUUGAAGUAUUUGAUAGGUCCAGCAACAAGGUCUACCCAUCUGACAACAUCCGAAUUGAAGCUGUGAUUCCUGCUGAGUUCUUUGAGGUUCUGUCCUCUUCCCAGAAUGGGUCUUAUCAUCACGUCAGGGCGAUCCAGAGUGGCCAGACAACCAUCAGUGCUACCCUCACCUCUGUGGUGGACCAGGAUGGAGGGGUCCAUGUGCUUCAGGUACCUGUGUGGAACCAACAGGAAGUGGACAUUCAUAUCCCCAUCACACUCUAUCCCAGCAUCCUGACAUUUCCUUGGCAACCAAAGACAGGAGCCUAUCAGUACACCAUAAAGGCCCAAGGGGGCAGUGGGAACUUCAGCUGGUCUUCGUCAAGCUACAUGGUUGCCACCGUCACUGUCAAGGGCGUCAUGACCACGGGCAGUGACACUGGACUCAGUGUCAUCCAGGCUCAUGAUGUUCAGAACCCUCUCCAUUUCGGUGAGAUGAAGGUGUAUGUGAUUGAGCCCAGCAGCAUGGAGUUUGCCCCGUGCCAGGUGGAGGCUCGAGUGGGCCACACCCUGGAGCUGCCCCUGACAAUCAGUGGUUUCAUGCCUGGCGGUGCCAGUGAGGUGGUUACCCUAAGCGACUGCUCCCAUUUUGACCUGGUGGUGGAAGUGGAGAACCAGGGUGUGUUCCAGCCAUUGCCAGGGAGACUGCCACCAGGACCUGAGCACUGCAGUGGGGUGAAGGUGAGAGCUGAUGCCCAGGGAUCUACUACCCUCCUUGUGAGCUACACACAUGGUCAUGUACACUUGGGUGCGAAGAUCACUCUUGCCGCCUACCUGCCCCUCAAGGCUGUGGAUCCCUCUUCUGUUGCUGUGGUAACCCUGGGCUCCUCAAAGGAGAUGCUGUUUGAAGGAGGCCCCAGGCCAUGGGUCCUGGAACCUUCCAAAUUCUUUCGGAAUGUUACUUCUGAAGACACAGGCAGCAUUAGCCUGGCUCUCUUGGGUACUCCAGCCUCCCGAAAUUACCAGCAGCACUGGGUCCUUGUGACCUGCCAGGCCUUGGGUGAACAGGUCAUCGCCCUGUCCGUGGGGAACCGGCCCAGCCUCUCUAACCCCUUCCCUGCUGUGGAACCCACUGUGGUGAAGUCUGUCUGUGCCCCACCUUCCAGGCUCACCCUCAUGCCCGUCUACGCCCUCCCGCAGCUGGACCUGUCCUGUCCACUGCUGCAGCAGAACAAGCAGGUGGUUCCAGUAUCCAGUCACCGAAAUCCCCUGUUAGAUCUGGGUGCCUAUGACCAGCAAGGCCGGCGGUUUGAUAACUUCAGCUCUCUUAGCAUCCAGUGGGAGUCUUCCCGGCCAUUGCUGGCGAGCACCGAGCCUGACCAGCCUAUGCAGCUGGUAUCCCAGGAUGAUGGAAAAGGCCAAAAGAAGCUACAUGGUUUGCAAGCAGUUUCGGUUCAUGAGGCAUCAGGAAGCACAGCCAUCUCUGCCACAGUGACUGACUACCAGCAGUCCCACCUCAGUGCAGCCAGAGUGACGCAGCCGCAUGACCCUAUAGUACCUGUGUCAGCCUCCAUCGAGCUUAUUCUCGUAGAGGACGUGAGGGUCAGUCCGGAGGAAGUGACCAUCUAUAACCAUCCUGGCGUCCAGGUAGAACUGCACAUCACAGAAGGCUCUGGCUACUUCUUCCUCAACACAAGCACCCCAGACAUCAUCAAGGUGGCUUACCAGGACACUCGGGGCGUGGCUCUGGUGCACCCUCUGCUCCCAGGCUCAUCAACUGUCAUGGUCCAUGACUUAUGCCUGGCCUUCCCGGCCCCGGCAAGAGCUGUCAUUCAUGUCUCUGACAUCCAGGAGCUCUACGUCCGAGUGGUGGACAAGGUGGAGAUCGGGAAGGCAGUCAAAGCCUAUGUCCGCGUGUUGGACUUCUACAAGAAGCCUUUCUUGGCCAAGUACUUCACUUUCAUGGACCUGAAGCUGCGAGCCGCCUCCCAGAUAAUCACACUGGUGACUCUCAACGAAGCUCUAGACAACUACACAGCCACAUUCCUUGUGCAUGGCGUGGCCAUUGGCCAGACCAGCCUGUCUGCAAGCGUGAUGGACAAAUCUGGGCAGAGAGUCAGCUCCACCCCACAACAAAUUGAGGUCUUCCCUCCAUUCAGGCUGAUACCCAGGAAGGUGACACUGAUCAUUGGAGCCAUGAUGCAGAUCACCUCCGAGGGUGGCCCCCAGCCUCAGUCCAACAUCCUCUUCUCCAUCAACAAUGACAGUGUGGCAGCAGUGAGCAGUGCUGGGCUGGUGCGUGGGCUCAUGGUUGGCAAUGGCUCUGUUCUGGGGGUCGUGCAGGCGGUGGAUGCUGAGACUGGCAAGGUCGUCAUCGUCUCUCAGGACCAUGUGGAGGUAGAAGUGCUGCAGCUCCAGGCAGUGAGGAUUCGUGCCCCAAUCACGCGAAUGAGGACCGGAACCCAGAUGCCUGUCUACGUCACUGGGAUCACCAGCAACCAGAGCCCUUUCUCCUUUGGCAAUGCUGUGCCAGGCCUGACCUUCCACUGGUCUGUCACCAAACGGGAUGUCCUGGACCUUCGAGGGCGGCACCAUGAGGCAUCUAUCCGACUCCCUCCUCAGUACAACUUUGCCAUGAAUGUGCACGGCCGGGUGAAAGGUCGGACUGGACUGCGGUUGGUGGUCAAAGCUCUGGACCCCACAGCUGGGCAGCUGCAUGGCCUUGGCAAAGAGCUCUCAGAUGAGAUCCAGAUUCAGGUAUUUGAAAAACUGCGGCUGCUGAACCCUGAAAUAGAAGCAGAACAAAUACUGAUGUCGCCCAACUCGCUUAUAAAGCUGCAGACGAACAGGGAUGGUGCAGCCAUUCUGAGCUAUCGAGUCUUUGAUGGACCUGAGAAGACUUCUGUUGUACACAUUGAUGAGAAGGGGUUCCUGGUGUCUGGCCCUGGAAUUGGGGUUUCUACCCUCGAAGUGAUUGCACAGGAACCUUUCGGCACCAACCAGACUGUCACUGUUGCUGUAAAGGUGUCUCCUGUUUCAUACCUGAGGAUCUCCAUGAGCCCAGUCCUGCAUACUCAGCAUAAGGAGGCGCUGGUGGCUCUGCCUUUGGGAAUGACUGUGACCUUCACUGUCCACUUCCAUGACAACUCUGGAGACAUCUUCCACGCUCACAAUUCAGUCCUCAAUUUUGCCACUAACAGAGAUGACUUUGUGCAGAUUGGCAAGGGUGCCACCAACAACACCUGCAUUAUCCGCACAGUCAGUGUGGGCUUGACCCUGCUCCGUGUAUGGGAUGUAGAACACCCGGGCCUCUCCGACUUCGUGCCAUUACCUGUCCUACAGGCCAUCACCCCAGAGCUGUCAGGAGCUGUGGUGGUGGGUGACAUCCUCUGUCUGGCUAGUGUUCUCAUUAGCCUGGGAGGUAUUUCAGGGACCUGGAGCUCCUCAGCCAAUAACAUCCUCUACAUUGACCCCAAGACUGGCGUGGCUGUGGCCCGAGAUGCAGGGUCUGUGACUGUUUACUAUGAGAUUGCUGGACAUCUGAAGACCUUCAAGGAGAUAGUGGUCAGCACCCCUCAGAAGAUUGUGGCCCAUCGCCUCCACUCUGCUCAGAGCAGUAUCCAGGAAGCCACAGCCUCCAGAGUGACUGUCAGCGUGGGAGACAAGAGCUCUAACCUGCUUGGUGAGUGCUCCCCUGCCCAGCGAGAAGUCAUCAAAGCCUUACACCCAGAGUCCCUCAUCAGUUGUCAGCUCCAAUUCAAGCAAGAUGUCUUUGAUUUCCCUGCACAUGAUGUCUUCACCGUGGAGCCAGGAUUUGAUGCUACCCUGGGCCAGUACCUCUGCUCGGUUACUAUGCACAGGCUGACAGAUAAGCAACUGAAGCACUUGAACAUGAAGAAGACGUCACUGGCAGUCACUGCCUCCAUCCCCAGCAGCCGUACUGCCCUAGAGAAGGUGGGAGCUGAGGUUCCCUUCAGUCCAGGGCUCUAUGCCAACCAGGCAGAAAUCCUUUUGAGCAACCACUACACCAGCUCCGAGGUCAAGGUCUUUGGUGCUGUGGAGAUUCUGGAGAACUUGGAGGUGAAAUCCGGAUCCCCAGCCGUGCUAGCCUUCGUGAAAGAGAAGUCGUUUGGGCUGCCCAGCUUCAUCACGUACACUGUUGGUAUCUCAGAUCCCACGGCUGGCAGCCAGGGCCCUCUGUCCACUGCCCUGACCUUCUCCAGCCCUGCCACUAACCAGGCCAUCACCAUUCCAGUCACUGUGGCCUUUGUGAUGGAUCGUCGUGGCCCUGGUCCCUAUGGAGCCAGCAUCCUAUCACACUUCCUGGACUCCUACCAAGUCAUGUUCUUCACCUUCUUUGCCCUGCUGGCAGGGACAGCGGUCACCAUCAUAGCUUACCACACAGUGUGUGCACCCCGGGAACUUGCUUCACCCAUGGCUCUCACGCCCCGUGCCAGCCCUCAGCACAGCCCCCACUAUCUUGCCUCAUCGCCUGCCGCUUUCAACACAUCACCUCCUGGUCGCAAAGGCAGUCCUCCCUCGAGGCUCUGGAGCCCAGCCUAUGCCUCUCACUAGCCAGUAUUCCGGACUGUUGUUGCUGCACAGCUAAACUGACAUCACAAUGGAAGGAAUGGAAUGAAAGUGUGACCAUCAUGUUCACACUGGGCCCUGGGCCAUCCUCACUGCCCUGGCUGUGCUGAGCCACUGCCUGAAUCACAUAAGCAAGGGUUUUUACUUUGUUUGCUUUUAAAUCUCCUUCCCAGUCUUGAGAGCUGGGGCUUCCUGGCUCCCUCCUUCCCAUGUGGCUUGCAUGGGGUGCUGCUUAGUCCGGCAUUUGUCCUGCUCAUGGGAGCUUGCUUACUCUGUGCACAUGGCUUUGAGUAACUGGAAGCUGUUUCUACAUUGUCUAUAGAUGAUGUCACUAUAGCAAUCUCAGGGAAAGGGUAUUCUCAUUACUCCUUGGGUUUGUAUGGUGCUGGGCAUGGAACCCACGGUCUCAUGCCUGCUAGGCAAGCGCUUAUCCGCUGUCGCUCACGCACACACAAGCAGGCAGACAUGUUCAUACAUACAUGUGGCAGCCCUUUUGUGUAUGUGGGUUGUUUUGUUUGUUUAGGUUUUUUGCUUCAUGAAAACCUAGCCUUCUCCUUGUCCUACCGCUGCUAGGAAAUAUGGGGGAAAGCAGGUGUGGGUGCCCUCUAGGGUGUUCCCUGGACUGUGCCCAGAGCCAUGUUCUAUCUGAGCUUUUUUAACUGUGAGAAUUGCUGAGCUUCAGCAGAGUGGCCCUCACUUCAGAUCUGAGGGCUUCGGUCUCGAUUCACGGCAAGAGAGCUCUGGUCCCUGGCAUGUUGGAGUACUCUGGUUCUCCCUGGGGGACUUGGGAAUAGCCAGUGCAUCUUUGUCCGUACCCUAUAGCCGCUGGCGGGGUCUUCUGCUCUGUGGGCUUGUUCUGAGAAGCUGCUGUAAAUUGUGCAGCACAGACCCAGUGUGACCUGUUCUCCUGUCAUGGAAGACACCCAAUACAGUACCUCAGCAGAUCUGAGCCAUCACCCACUCGCCCUCCACCCCUUCUUUUCCGGGGACAGAAGAGGAUACCAUGGAAAAACAAUUCCUGCUCACGUCUAAACUCAGGGACAUGGCCACUCUGCUCAGGUCCAGCUGCUGUGGCACUGUCAGAAAGCCGGAGACUUGGCCUCCACAUGGGUGGAUAUGGGCACCACAUCACCACGAGUUCAGUUGGCCUUUGAAGGCCAUGUGCGAUCCCUUGCUUCCUUUUCUGGAGCUGGGGACAGAGGAUUUGUGCCCAACCUGCCACUCAGUCUCCCACUGGAGCUAUCAUGGAGCCUUCUCUGCAUUUGUUUAAUAAAGUUCUGUGUAGUUUCUUAAGGGUGUGGUAGUUCCUGGGGUGCUGACUCUGCCUGAGUGUCUACUAUGACUGGUGACCCAUUUCUAAUAGUGCUCUUCCUUCCUUUCUGGCUAUGGGCCCUCCCUUCCUACCCCAGAGACAGAGGCAGCAGCAGGACCUUAUCUGUAGGAGAGCAUAGCCCCCUUCCAUCCCCAUCCUGCUGUCCUCUUAGGAAUCAGCCACUCUACCAUCUCCUUCCUUCCUUCAUCGUCAUCGGAAAUUUCUGACUUUGAGCCUUAAAAUGGCCUUUCCCCAUCCUGCCCACCCAGGGCUGUUUUCCCAAGACUUUUACCACCACUGCCUCCCUCUCCAAAGGACCAGCUCUCUGCCGCCCUGACUGCUCUUCUCCCCAGUCCUAGCCAGGUACUAACCCUGCCACAUUCUUCUAUGGGAGUGAGUAAUGGCCGUUCUCAUAGCUCCCCAGGACACUACGUGAGAUUUAGAAUGUGGUCAGCAGUAUCAAAUGCUAAGUAGAUACUGUACUUACUGUACAUGUGCCUGCCUGGUGCAACACACAUGAUGUUGGUGUCGCACUUAGGUAAGACCUCUCUGAAACACAAGAUGACGCCCAGAUCCAAGCAGCACAUCAUAUCCAGACAUGGCAGU